GACACUAACUAGUAGUGAACCGACGAUAUAACUACAUCUUAUCUUCCGACUGACGGGCUGGAUCGAGGCCUGUGCGUGUGUGUGGCGGUGGAGGCUAAGCUAGCGUGCGGUCAUCUUUCCACGCGUUUACAUCUUCUCGUUGGCUUCAACGUGGCUGCCAGAGCUGUGAGAGUCUGGAGACCUGCGGGGGCUCGACGGACUAGCUGAUUUCGCUUGAGCUCGACAUUUUUUUUUUUAGCUAGGUGCCAACAUUUCCUGAGCCGUGCGUCGUCGACAACUUCACCGACACCCCGAAAUAAUCAAACCAGGGAACCGAGAAGCAAACCACACACACAACGCUUGAGAGGCUAAAGAGACGCUAGCUUGAUCGUUCCGUGUCUGGAGCUUGGUGGCGUUAGCUGCGCGUGUUGUCUUUCUCUCCCUUUUCUUCCGUCGUCACAACCCCCGACUCGCCCUGCCGCAUGCCAUGUCAAGAUAAAUCGACCGCCAGGCUGAAGUCCUCCGUUCUCUCAGUCGACGAGUGGCGCGUCCUGUCUCCCGGCGGCCCCAUAGCUCACUGCUUCUUCUUCCAACGUUGUGUUUUGCUGAUCGCUCCUUCUCUUUGUGUGUGUGUGUGUUUUUUCGGGCAGCAGCUGACAAGUGGGCUACAAGCUCGUCGCUCCGCAGCCUCCCCAAAAUGGCCGCGUCUACAAAGAUGUGACGUGUGUUGACAUGUGACCGCACGAGGGUGAAAAAAAAACAAAACAACAGCGUGGAAAAAAAGGAAAAAAAAAAAUCCUCGUGCUGCGUCACGUGGCCGGAUGGGCGUUAUUUAAGCUGUUGGCGCGGGAGCCAGACACAAGAGAAUCAGCUCGUACAGGAAGUGAAUAGCUCCGGAUCGGCGGUGUUUUGAUAGCCAAUAUGAGUGGAAAACUAAGACCAAGCCAGCAGAAGUCUAACGAGAACAUAACAAGUUUUUUCCCACCCUCCCAUAAGGCAAUGGGACCCCCCAGACAAUCCCUGCAGGUCCUUCAGCCCUCAGCUGUCAACAAAGAUCUUGGGCGGUCAGCUCAGGCAGGAAAGAUCAUUCCCAAAAGGAAACACUGGAGCGCAGAACAAACACGAGGCCCAAAGAGGGUGAAGGUAGAAGUCAAAUCCACACAAACAGAGGAAACUCAGUGUUUGACUGAUGGCACGUCCACUGAAGCAUAUGAACUGAUGGUCAAAGAAACUCCUCCCUCCACCUACUGGAAAGAGAUAGCCGAUGAGCGACGGAAGGCCUUGUUCAAUGUUCUACAGGAGAACGAGAAGUUGCACAAAGACAUCGAGACCAGAGAUGAACAGAUAACUCGACUGAAGAGUGAGAAUGAAGAGCUGCAGGAGCUGGCACAACACGUCCAGUACAUGGCUGAUAUGAUCGAGAGGUUGACGGGAAAGUGCCCUGAUAAUCUGGAGGAACUGAAGGACAUUGCUCUAGACGUGGAGGAGGAGGAGGAGGAUGAUGAAGAUGACAGUGACGCUGCCGACGAGAGUGAGGAUGAAUAUUCAGAUGACGAGGAAGCAGAGACUUCAGUGGAGCAGGAUUAACUGACUCACCUCGUGCUCUUGGACUUUGUCUUAAUACAGAAGCCGAUUUUUGGCCCGAGCGACAUCAAUCUGAAGAUGUUUGCUUUUCAGUGUAAUAUAUGUUCAGACCGCAUUGUUCUAGAAAUGCAUCAUUUUAAAACCAAUGUUUUACAAUGAGUUUUUUUUUUUUUUUUUAACUUGUAAAAUUCGUGGCCAAGAAGUGUUAAACUAAACCAGUAUAGAACUUUUUUUGUUUUUAAUGGAUGACAUGUCAGUAGUAAAGCACAGGCUACACUGUUUCAGUUAAUGUAAAAAUCAAUACCUCAAACAUGACCGUUUCAAUCCUUACAACAAAGGGGAUCCUCACUAUUCUGUAGCAUACCAAAUUCCUUGUGUUCCUUCGUCUCCUGGUGUGUGACCUGUUUGCCCUGUUGAACGUCAGCAACCUGUAUAUUGCAAAAUCACAAUGAAACAGUAAUGCCUGUGAUUUUCUUACUGAGGUCUACUGUGAAAAGAUUUAUUUAAGAACAGUUGUGCUACACUCACUGGUAGCAUGGCUAUAAGUGUUUUGGUUUACGCUGUAAAAAAAUGUGCAAUGUUACAGCACAGCUGUGUACAUAAAGCUUGUGUAAAAUAAACACUUUUUAAAAA